AUGGAUCUCUUUAUCUACCAUGACUCCUAUCGCGUAUGGAUCUGCAAGCCCUGCCAGUAUGCUAUCUGCCCCCGACGCCUGGAAAGUCAUCUACGGAUCCAUCAUCAGACCCAUCCGACCGCAGCGACCCGGGUCCUCCGGAAGAUAGCCCACGAGAAGAUGGCUCAACGGCCCUGGCUGGACCCGGCCACGGAGCCCUGUAUCUUCCCUGAUCCCGAGGCUGGCCCGCUCCCGAAUCUGCCCCUGUACACCGGGUACCGUUGCCCUCGGUGUAGCCAUGUGGUUCGAAGUCCGGAAAGUCUGGCGAAACAUAUCCGCGAGAGACACCCAGAGCUCCGUCGGCCGCGCGGUCGCCAACCGGCGGCUACCCGCCAUCUCGACCGUCAUUUCCAGGGACACCCGGUGAACUGCCAGCGAUUCUUCCCUACCGGCGCCGGGAGCAGCUUCUUUGCCGUUACGCCCCCGAUCCGGGCCGAGCGGGUUCGGCAGGCAAAGGCCCUGACGCCGGCCGAAUUCAUUCGGGCCCAGGUCGAGCAAGCAUUAGAGGAGGACCUAGAGGAUGAGAAGAGGCAGUAUCAGCAGAUACCCGUCCGAAAACAUCCUACCGAGGUCUCGCCCUGGUUGGAGCUUACUCGAUGGCCGGAUUAUCUGGCCGCCUGCGAUCUGGCCGCCGCCGCUAGCCUGGGUGCCCUUCCGGAUCCAGUCCAGGAGCCCCUCUUGGCCCUCUUUACCCAGAGUGUCGAGCGGUUAAUCCAGCGUUCCUACCAGACCAUUAAAGAUCGCCGGAUCAACGAGUUCGAUCAGAUCCGGAUCAACACCUUUCUUACCCAGCAGCCCAAGAUCUGGGACCGACCGAUCCAGAUUCACCUAAAGCCCAAAACAUAUGCCUCUUACCGGCGGGUCUGGCAGCGGCUCAUCUGCUUUGUCUACCGUACCAGCCGUCCGGACCCAGCGGUAAUCCUCCGCCAUCAACUCACCACCAGCCAGCUCGCCGCGCUUGACCGUAUGGUAGAGGCCGGGACGCUGCUUCUUCGGCAGACAAGCCCGAUCGAGCUCGAGAGGCUUGACCGGGCCUGUCUUGCCCUGUCGAUUGCCCUAUUGGACCACCCCCUGAAGGGGGAGAUCUACGAGAGUGCCGUGGUCGGCUUUCUCGCUGUCCUGGGGCUAGAUCCGCAGCAGCAGACCUUCCGGGACCCUUACGGAUACACGAGCUAUCUCUCGGGGCUUGUUAAGAUCGCACAGAUGCUGGUCGCCGAACAGGCCGUUCAUCUGGCAGAGAGUGGGACAGUCGCCUAUCCGACAGAUGCUCUCGAUGAUAUGCGGGCACGUUUUCUACUCUUCGGGGUUCAAGCGCCUUUUGGCUGGAUCGCCCGGCUUCGCACCUACGGGAAGAAGAUCCAGAAUAGCACCACGAGCCUAGGCUAUAUCUACUGGAGCGAUGACGAGCAGACCCUUAGUUACCGUGAUUUGAAACUUACCAUGACCGGCUUACGCAAUUUCGUCCGGAUUCAGAUCGAGCUGGUACAGCAGAGUCUCGAAGAUCUCUUUCUACUCCACGACGAGGAGACCCGGGACGAUAUCGUGCCGGUCCUGAGUCUUCAGAAACUGCAAGAUGACCCGGUGAACAACCGGCGUGGGUGGAACUUCCUCCAGAACCACGCCAAUUCCCGGGUUCUAUCUCCAACCGGGAAGCAGUGGCUUAUGGAUCGAGUCCUUACCACGGAUUGGCUGCGGGACGAGUUUCUGGAGAUCCGAUCCAGCGAUUCCGAGGUGAUCUGGCGUCGUUCCGCAGUGGACCGAUAUCUCCAGCAGGUUGACUGGUUUCUAGAGCGACUCCUGCUGGUCAUUCAUAUUACUGGCGGCCAGCCGGGGCGUGCAACUGAACUGUUAAGCCUCCGGCACAGUAAUACCGUUCAAGGGCGCCACCGCAAUAUUUUUGUCGAACAUGGGCUCGUGAGUACGGUAACCUCCUACCAUAAGGGGUACUCCGUCAGCAAUUCCACGAAGAUUAUUCAUCGAUACCUACCGAAACCUGUCAGUGAACUUCUAGUUUACUACCUCUGGCUGAUUCUACCGUUCUGGCAGGCGAUCCAGCGUCUCACCCGGCGGACUGCCAGCCCUCGAUCACCGUUUCUCUGGCCCCAUGGAGAGGGGACCUGGGACCCCAGCCGGUUACGAGCUGCCCUCCAACGGGAGGCCCAGAUUCAUCUUCAGACUAAAAUGAACAUUCUUUCCUAUCGGCAUGCCGCAAUCGCUAUCUCCCGCGUUCAUUUGAAGAUUGGCGGAUUUAAGCGUGAUUAUGGCACUGAUUCGGCCGCUCUUGACGAGCAGGCGAGUCAUGGAUCCUGGGCUGCUGGAACCGUGUACGCGCGGGGGCUCCAAGAGGCUCCCGGUCACGUUGAGGCGCGGCGACGACAGUAUCGGGCGAUCAGUCGGGAGUGGCAUGGCUUUCUAGGGUUUGAAACCUAUCUUGGGCCUCGGAAACGCACUGCAGAGGAACCCCAGGGAAGAAGUAAUCAAGCGAAACGGGCAUGUAUCUCUAUCGAUAUGGAAGAGGAUGAUGAUGAGCUAUAG